AUGGCGCUCGCUCUCGGCCUCCGGCGGCUCCUGUUGCUGUUCGCCGUCGCGGCCAUCCACCAGCUGCCCCGGUCUGCCCGCGCCGGCGACCCUGACAUCCUGACGGACUUCCUGGCGCCGCUGGGCGCCGAGCCGGACCAGCUGAACGGCACCUUCUUCACCUACGCCCGCCUCGUCAGCGGGCUCGCCGGCGACCCGGGCAAGUUCACCGUGUCCAAGGCCACCGGGGCCGAGUUCCCGGCGCUGCUGGGCCAGUCCGUCUCCUACGCGGCGCUCGUCUUCGGCCCCGGCACCGUCAACCCGCCGCACAUCCACCCCAGGGCGUCGGAGCUGCUGGUGGUGGUGCAGGGCCCGCUGGUCGUGGGCCUCGUCGACGCCGCCCGCAACGGCACGGUGCACACGGCGGCGCUGGAGACCGGCGACAUGUUCGUGUUCCCCAAGGGCAUGGUGCACUACCAGCUCAACAACGGCACCGGCGUGGCGCGCGCCUUCUCGGCCUUCGGGGGCGCCACCCCGGGCACCAUCUCGCUGCCCACGGCGCUCUUCGAGACCGACAUCGACGACGCCGCCCUGGAGAAGUCGUUCCGCACCGAUGAGGCUACCGUCGAGGAGCUCAAGCACGACCUGCGCGAGGCACCGGGGCCGGCGCCCUCGCCCUCGCCCUCGCCCUCGGCCUCGCCCAGCUCCGCCGCCGCCGCGCUCGUCGGAGGGAGCGCGCUGGCAGCUUCGCUAGUCUGCGCCGCCGCCGCGUUCUCGUUCGUCUUGUGA